UUGCAAAAAUAAAAAAAAUGAUUUAAAAGAAAAAAUAUUACAAUUGUUUAAUUGAUUUCAUAAAAUCAGACUUUUAAUCUUUAGAAAACCUCUAAAUAAAUUUAUAGUCUCAUUAUCUUUACGAUGAAGGAAUUAGACAAUUAGGAUCUGCUUUAACAAAUUGUUAUAUGCUUACAAAUUUAACACUUUUUUUAAAGCAAAAUGAAAUAAGUGAUAAUGGUAUUCUGAGUUUGGGAUCUGCAUUAAUGAAGCUUCAUAAUAUCUCCGUAUUAGCUCUUGAUUUAGGAGACAACAAGAUUGAAGCAAAAGGUAUACAAAUUUUAUGCUUUGCUUUGAAUAAAUGUGCUAAUCUUUCUAAUCUAAAACUUGAUAUUUAUAAUAAUAAUAUUUAAGUUAAGAUUAACACUACUAAUGAUCCUAUUUUUUAGAAGCCAACUAAUAUAUAAAAAUUAACUCUUGACAUGCACAAUAAUAGUAUUGGAAAUGAUGGUUUAUUAAUAUUGAGUUCUGCUUUAAGCUAAUGCCCAAACCUCUUAAUAUUAGCCUUAGAUCUUCAUAAAACUGGGAUUUAAGAAAAAGGAGCUCUUGAAUUAGGCUCUGCAUUAAAAAAGUCCAAUUAGCUCUCAACAUUAACUCUUGAUUUAAGAUCAAAUACUAUAGAAAUAUAUGGGGGAAUUAAUCUAGCUGCUGAUAUAGCAAGUUGCAAGAAACUUACAAUCCUUGCAUUAAAUUUGAAAUAUAAUUCAAUUUAAAAAAUGCAUCAAUUUAAGUUAUAGCGAAAAUGCUUUAAAUCAAAAAGAGUAGUUAAGAUGUAAUUAUUUCUCUGAUAAUAUAUAAUUUGAAUACGGAAAUUAAAUUAAUUAAAUAAAUUAUGUUCCAUUAAGCAUUUAAGUAAUGUUAUUUUAUAUUAUACAAUAUAAUUAAUUUAUCAAUUAUAACUGCAAUUUAUUUAAACUACCAAAUCAAA